AUGAAUAUCUUCGGCCUCUUUUUCACUUGCGCCUAUGCUCUCGACGACAUGCUCCUUGUCAUGAUGAUGCAACAGCAACAACAAGUUGCUCCUCAUCAGUCAAACCAGAUGAACAAUCUUCUCCCGCUUUUGCUCCUCGAUUCUGGCAACUCGACUGACAACUCUCUCGCCCUUAUGAUGAUGAUGAUGCAAGGCGGUAGCACUAGCGACAUGAACUCGAUCCUUCCUCUUCUCCUUCUCUCCGACGACGAUGGAAGUAGCGACGGAAUCGACUUCACCAGCUUCUUCCUUUACUCGUCGAUGCUCCAAACUGACUGCGAGACCUCAACUGAUGACCAGUUUGCUUCCAUGCUCCCUCUUAUGCUUCUCGGUGGCGACGAUGACUCCUCUUCUGACCUCAUGCUCAUGCUUAUGAUGCAAUCUAUGGGCAACUCACCAGUUGGCAUGGACAACAUUCUUCCCAUGAUGUUCCUCUUCGACGAUGACAACAACUCUACUGACUCUGUUCUCCUCAUGGUUCUUCUCAACUCGAUGACUGGCGGCCUCAACACCCAGCAAGGAUUCGACAACAACUUCAACAUGAUGCUUCCUCUCCUUCUCAUGGACGAUUCCGAUGAUGACAGUUCCAUUGACAUGCUCGUUCUCAUGAUGGCCAUGCAGUCCCAAGCUCCUGGUUCUGCUUUUGGCACUGAUAUGAUGCUCCCUCUCCUCCUCAUGGACGACGACAGCGACAACGAGACUCUCCUCUUCUUCAUGAUGAUGAACCAGGGCAAAACCGUCUGCGAGCCCGCUUACGUUGAACCUGUCUACGUCGAACCCGUUGUUCCUGAGCCACAAGUCCAGACCGUUUACCGAACCUGGCGAGUCAACGCUGACGGCACGCGAGAACUCAUCGACGAAACCUCCUAA